AGGCGAUGUCGCUGAGUGACUUCUUCAAAUGGCCGUAUGCUCUACCCUACCCCGAGCGGUGCUGGAUGACUAAGAGGCGCCUCGGGCUUUUGCGUUCCAGCCAAUGCCAAGCUGCCAGUGCGGGCGGGUCGUGCUUUUUCGUCGACAACUUUUUUCCGCGCGACGGAUGAGUCGACGACGUCUGAAGAUGAUGACUGGAGAGGACAACCCCAUGGUGUCCUAUCCUUGUGUACGCCACACAAGCACUCCCUAGCCCUGCAUAGGCUGACAAUGGACAACUGAGAGACUCGAACUUCUCAUACCAGUCAGCCUUAAUACUUGCCCCGGCCUCGAACCGAGUACACAGUCGCGGCAGGCGAUAUUCUAGAUACUGGGCAGGACUUCUCGACAAUCAACAAGACUUGUUUACAAGGAAUCGCCUGCGCAAUGGCGUCGUCUCAGGUCUGUACCAUUCCGGGCGGCUCGGCCUAUUCCGAGUUUCGUCGCCAGGCCCUGGCAUCCCUCAUCGGCGCGACCGACGUGCAGGGACAGUACAUUCACUAUGUCGAACUGAACGCCCCUCUGGAUCCUGAGCAUCGUGCACUCCUGGAGAAGCUAUUGACGAACGAUCGACAUGUGGAAGACCCAGAAAAGGACAGUGCAUCGUCCAAAGUGCUACACGUUGUACCUAGGCCAGGGACGAUUUCUCCUUGGAGUUCCAAAGCAACGAGUAUUGCCCAUGUCUGUGGGCUUCGCAAAGUCGUUGGCAGGAUUGAGAGAGGUCUGAAAAUUACUGUAUCACUUGAAGCUGGCAAAUCAUUGGAAGAGGGUCGUGCUCUCGAUUUUCUCCAUGAUCGAAUGACUGAAACCAUCUCAGAGGAUGAACCAAACCUUGAUCUACUUUUCCUACACCACGAGCCGGGCCAGUUAGUCACCUAUGACCUCUACAACGAUGGUCAGUCUCCCAUCAAAAAACUCCAGGACCUGAAUACCCGACUGGGACUGGCGCUUGAUGAGUCGGAGAUUCAAUACCUUGCAGAGGCAUAUUCCAGGGACGGUCCGGUCCCGAGAAAUCCCACUGACGUCGAGCUGUUCAUGUUCGCGCAAGUCAAUUCGGAGCAUUGUCGACAUAAGAUCUUCAACGCCAGCUGGACAAUUGAUGGCCAGCGCAAGCCUAACACACUCUUUGGGAUGAUCCGUAAUACUCACAAGCGCAACCCAGAGGGGACUAUCAGCGCCUAUAGUGACAACGCAGCGGUACUGACUGGUAGUCAUGGCAGCCUCUGGGCCCCUGAUGACCUUAAUGGACAAUGGAAAACCACGAAAGAGCAAGUGGACUUCCUUAUCAAGGUCGAGACUCAUAACCAUCCCACUGCUGUGUCUCCCUUCCCGGGCGCUGCAACUGGCUCUGGUGGCGAAAUCAGAGACGAGGGAGCGACCGGCCGAGGCUCGAAACCGAAAGCUGGCUUGGCAGGAUUCUGUGUUUCUGACCUGCUGAUUCCUGGGCACCGUCAGCCGUGGGAACUUGACUAUGGCAAGCCUUACCAUAUUGCGAGCAGUCUCGACAUCAUGCUUGAAGCCCCAAUUGGCAGUGCGGCCUUCAAUAAUGAGUUCGGCCGACCAUGCACCGCCGGAUACUUUAGGACACUACUUGUCGAGAUGAAGACUGGUAAGGAAUCCAGCGAAAUCAGAGGCUAUCACAAGCCCAUCAUGAUCGCCGGCGGUGUUGGCACGGUGCGACCCCAACUUGCGCUGAAAGAUCCUGAGAUCGUUAAGGAUGGCGCAUUCUUGAUUGUCAUGGGGGGACCGGCCAUGCUCAUUGGGUUAGGCGGCGGCGCGGCCUCCAGUGUCAGCUCGGGAGAAGGGUCUGCGGAACUGGAUUUCGCAAGCGUCCAACGAGGAAAUCCUGAAAUGCAGAGAAGGGCACAAGAAGUCAUCAAUGCCUGUGCGGCAUUGGGCUCACAUAAUCCCAUCCUCUUCAUCCACGAUGUGGGAGCCGGCGGACUAUCAAAUGCCUUGCCGGAACUGGUCAAGGACGUCAAUCUCGGAGCAGAGUUCGAGCUUCGUGAUAUCGACUGUGCAGACAAAAGCAUGAGUCCACUACAGAUAUGGUGCUGUGAGGCUCAAGAAAGAUACGUCCUGGCUGUUGCUCAGGAAGGCAUGAACAAAUUCAGGUCCAUUGCCAACCGUGAGCGCUGCAAGAUCUCAGUGGUUGGAAGAGCCACAAGAAGGCAACAACUCAAGCUGACAGAUCGCGACCAUCCUGCGAAGGUGAAUGGCCAGCAAGAUCCGAUUGACCUUCCUAUGGAGGUGCUUUUCGGGAAGCCUCCCAAAAUGAGCCGAGACGUGACGUCCAGGAAAGUCGACCUGCCAGCGUUUGAUACAACGCUGAGCAUGUACGUUCCGCAGGCCUCUACCGCUGGCCUGCUCGAAGAAGCCAUCACCCGAGUGUUGCAGAUGCCAGCGGUUGGAUCGAAGUCUUUCUUGAUCACUAUCGGAGACAGGACCGUUGGUGGCUUAACCGCCAGAGACCAGAUGGUUGGCCCUUGGCAGGUCCCCGUCGCCGACGUCUCCGUCACGGCCACCUCGCUCACCACGGGAAUCAAGACUGGCGAGGCAAUGGCCAUGGGUGAGAGACCGACUAUCGCGUUAAUUUCUCCCACCGCAUCUGCUCGCAUGGCCGUGGCAGAGGCUUUGAUGAAUUUGACAGCUGCGGACCUGCCUGACCGUCUCCACCAAGUCAAGCUCUCCGCGAACUGGAUGUCGGCCGCAAGCCAUCCAGGCGAAGGUGCCGGCAUCUACGAAGCGGUAGAGGCUCUUGGGAUGGAUCUUUGCCCUGACCUUGGCAUCUCCAUCCCCGUGGGCAAAGACUCGAUGUCAAUGAAGAUGAAAUGGCAAGAUCCACAAUCGAAAGAAGCGAAAGAAGUUACGGCCCCUCUGUCUCUGGUGAUAUCGGCAUUCGCGCCGGUUCUUGACAUCAAGAAGACAUGGACACCACAGCUGCGCCGGUAUAGCGAAGUGGGCGAGUCCACACUAUUCUUCGUUGAUUUGGGUUUGGCACACCGCUCGCUCGGCGGAUCGAUCCUUGCCCAAUCCUUUAAGCAAAUUGGAGACGAAGCACCAGACGUCCGCUCGGUAAGACUAUUCAAAGACUUCUUCGACGCGACGCAGCAACUGCACGAGCAAGGGCUUGUGCUGGCAUACCACGACCGUUCCGACGGCGGCCUAUUCACAACACUAGCGGAAAUGGCAUUCGCAGGCAGAUGUGGAAUCGAGAUCAUGAUCAAUGACAUCUGCCCAACACCGAACACGCCAGACGUGAUCUCGGCGCUAUUCAAUGAAGAACUGGGUGCUGUAUUCCAAGUGCGGAAGGAAGAUGAGAACCGGUUCAAGGCGUGCUUCGCGACCUGCGGCCCUCCGCCAGGCUUGAUUCACAAGAUCGGGCGAGUCUCAACCAAAUCGAGUAGCCAGUCCAUGGCCAUCUAUCAUGGUGCCAAACUGAUCUAUCGUGCAUCCCGCGGCGAGCUGCAGCAGAAAUGGUCCAACACGUCAUACUGGCUUCAACGGAUGCGGGACAACCCAGCCUGUGCUGAUGCGGAAUACGCCGGCAUCCUCAACGACGCCGACCCGGGCAUCAGCUACAACCUGACCUUCAACCCCAAGGAGAACAUCAACACGUACAAGACGAGCUUGCUGUCUUAUGUUCGACCGACCGCGCGGCCGCGGGUGGCCGUCCUCCGCGACCAGGGAACCAACGGACAGGCCGAGAUGGCGUUCGCCUUUGAUGCUGCGGGCUUCACGGUGGUGGACGUGCACAUGUCGGACAUUCUGGACCCGAAGCCGCACCAGACGCAUCUUGGGGUGGACCACGACCUGUCGUCGUUUACAGGGCUCGCGUUGGCGGGCGGAUUCAGCUUUGGCGACUGCCUCGGCGCCGGCCAGGGGUGGGCGAAAUCGAUUCUGUUCCACCCGACAACGCGGCGCAAGUUCGCCGACUUUUUCGCCCGCAAGGACACCUUCACCCUGGGCGUCUGCAACGGAUGCCAGGUUCUGAGCAAACUGAAGGAGCUGAUUCCCGGCGCCGAGGCCUGGCCCAGCUUCGAGCGCAACGAGUCCGAGCAGUACGAGGGCCGUGUCGCCAUGGUCAAGAUCUCCGACCCGCCGCCCGAGUCCGAGUCCGGCAUGCCGCCCAGCGUCUUCUUCCACGGCAUGAGCGGCUCCAGCUUGCCCAUCGCCGUUGCACAUGGCGAGGGCCGAGCCUCUUUUGUCACCAGCACCCAAGGCAACAAAGCCCUCGACGCCUCGUUGGCUCAAGACUUUGCCGACCGCCAUCUCGCCCCGAUCCGCUUCGUCGACAACAAGUCCCUCGCCCCCACCACCACUUACCCGGCCAAUCCGAACGGAAGCCCCGCGGGUAUUGCUGGCGUGCGAAGCCACGAUGGCCGCGUCCUUGCCCUGAUGCCACAUCCCGAACGCACCGUUCUGCAAGGAGUUGGUAGCUAUAUUCCUGACGGCAAGGCCGCGGAAUGGGGCGAGUACGGGCCAUGGGAGCGCCUCUUCCAGAGCGCAAGACGUUGGGUGGGAUAGAAACGGACAAUUGUUUGGCACUUGCAUUGUACAAACUGGGAACCUUCUGCCCUCUUUAUUCUGCGCGACAGGAGACCCAGGCUGCAUAUAGAACGAAAACCGAUACCGCGAUGAGAGAUUAUAUCUGUUCAGCUAUUUGAGUAUUUUAUUCUUUUUAUUCUUGAGCUAUGUGACACCUCUUCUUUUCACCAUUAACUCGUGCACUAAACACGAAAAAAUGCAUCUAAUCACACAAUUUAGAAAAACUGAAAGAGAGCAUGAUCCGCAUGCAUCCUGGACUUGGACCUGAAGCCCACUCAGCGGACCAACACUCUCAUCUUUCCCCAUAUUUGUACAGUGUAUACGCAGCAUCUGGCCCGCCCGGGGUGGCGAGCGCUGCAGCAGUCAUGCCCCCUUCCUGGAUUUGGCCUCGGUCUUCGCAAACCGGUAUCGCGCACCGAGGUGGUUCUAUCGUCUCGCCGGCGUCUCCCCGUUCAUGCCUCGGGAAUUUCCCAGACCAACUUUGGAACUUGCUGCCCGUCAGUCCACUUUCCGUAGGGCGAAUGACGCGGGUUAAUGAGCGGAACAUUUCAUUGCUGAAACGAUCAUCCACUUCGACCGUCUAAGCCUUCCGCGAACGUGUAACCGGUCCGCCGUUCGAUCGUCCAGUGGCAAUUGCGGAGUCUGAGACUUUGUGCGGGUCUGGUAGGGGAGCGUCUUUCAUGGCAAUCAAUGCCUCCUUUCCAGUGUUUCUUCUAGGGCGGCCAGAAACAGUCUGUUUCCUAUACGUGGCGAAGUAGAAAGAGACGAAGAGGAGAAGGUAAGAGCUGAGGAUGCCAAUACCAGCAAAGGCGGCAAACUCUUCUCCGGCGCAGGUGCCCAUGUUUGGCGCCCAUGGGAAGUAGC